AUGUCCGCCUGGCACUGCGCCACCCUCGCUCUGCCUCUGCCUGUCUGCCUGGCUGCCAUUCACGCUGCGCGACUUGGUGGCAGCCCUGGCACGGCAACCGGGGAAUAUGCAUCGCCCUGGCUGCGUCGCUGCAGGCGCAUCGGGGUGUGGCCUGGUCUGGACCGGAGAUCUCACCGAUUCAAGCAUGCCCCCGCCGCCAUCCUGGCAGUGCUGGAUGCCCGCCCCCCCGGCCACACAGCCGCCCGCUGGGUUGCCCUGCCGCACGUGUCUGUGGUCGCCCACGGCUGCGCCUCCCACGCCCUCACCCUGGGAUGGACCCGCCAUGCCGGCUGGGCUGGGCAGCGCGGCGCUGGCAGCGGCUGCCGGCUGGGGGCAUGCCGAGUGGGCUGCCGCUGCGGCCCCCGCCGCUGCCGCAGCGCUGCACGCACUGUUGUGCGCCAGCUGGCUGAUGCUCGCCUGCUCGCUGCCCACCGACCUGUUCGGGCUGGCCGCCCCGGCCUCUCCCUCUGCCUCGGACUCGUCCCUGUCUUUCUUCUGUGGCAACCUGGGACUGCUGCUGGCAUCAGUGAAGGCGGCAGCCGAGGCGGGCGUGGACCCAAUGGACGUUCGGCAGCGCCCGUGCUCCAUCUCUAUGAUGAGAAGGCGGACGGCGUGCGCGCUGGCGUGGCGCCCAGCAAGCGCCAGAACCUGGCGGUGCUGCUGGGCAAGCAGUUCAGGGCUGCCGCCGGCAAGGCGGAGCUGGCGGACGGGCACGGCCUGUUUGUGGGCCACACCCGCUUUGCCACCUCCUCCAUCCCGCUUCCCUCAGAGUCUCACCCCCACCAGUGGGCCGCGCCUUCGCCCGCCGUCGUCAGGCGCUCGGACGCUUCGACGCCUGGCGGCAUCUCAUCUGGCACCGAGCAGUUUGGGGUCUUCAUCACUCACAACGGCGACAAUGACUUUGCUCGGGACGUGGAAGGCCGCUACCGAACCCACCACGAGACGUCGGUGUUUCUGGCGGCCCUGCUGGGCUCGCCGCCGCACGCCAAGUGCAGCAGCAUCAACAUGGCCGGCAUGAUGGAGCUGCACCGCACCGAGGGCAUGUGGGAAGCCUCCCUGCGCCUGGCUCUCGUGGAGGUGGCCGACGUGUCGUUUGAGCGCGUGGCAGCCGCGGCGCUUGGCGGCAUCCGCGGCGACAGGGAGGUCCCCGACCUGGCCGCCUUUGUGUGGGCGGGGCGUGUGGUGGCGCUGGCAGACAACCCCUACGUCUCCUUCUCCUCCAUCAACCUCACCCCCGGCUUUGAUUCGGUGGCUGCUGACCUGGCAGACGUGACCCGCGUGCUGCACGCCAUCACGCGCGACUGGUCCAACCCCGCCUCGCUCAACCGCCGCUCCGGCGCCGCCUUCACGGCCGCCCGCCAGCGCAUCGGGCGGGAGCGGCGGGCCGAGGGGCGCGGGGCGGGGAACGACACCGACGGGCAGGACAUCGACGUGCUGCUGGUGGGGGUGGUGGGGUCGCUGUGGCUGGCCAAGCAGUUUGCGGCCGACCUCAAGACGCUGUUCCUGGGGCUGCGCGUCGCCGCCAUCUCCGCCAACAAGGUGAUCGGGGUGCUGGGCGGCAACCGCGGCCGUGUGCCCGCCACCGGCUUCCCCUUCUGCCGCUCCUCGGCAAAGCUGGCCGCCGCCAUCGCACUGGCCAUCUCCCACUCCGGCCAGACCAUCCCCACCAUCCACGCGGUGCGCCUGCUGAACGCCAUGAUGCCCGGCCGCGUGUUUGCCAUGCGCCGCCAUCGACACGAAGAUGGCGCUGGUGCUGGGCCAGCGGCUGUCCCCCGACGCCCCCUUCUCAAGCGCUGCUUCGACACCAAGGCGGGGUGGCGCUCGGCGGAGCCCGCCAGCAUCUCGGUGGUGGCCCUGGCCCACUCCCUCACCGAGCUGCUGCUGCUCACGGGGGCCACGCUGGUUGGGGGCAUCGGCGAGGGCAGGGGCAAGGACAGGCCGCCCGUUGGGCUGGCCCUCAAUGCCGAGGAGCUUCUGGACCUGCGGGUGGAGCGGAAUGCGUUUGUGACGGUGAGGUGGGGUGCACAGGAGUUCCAGUGGCAGGCCCAGGGGCGCGGGGUGGUGGAGGGAGCUGCGCGCCGCUCCGCGCUGACAGGCUUUGAUGCAGCCGGCGGCCCCGUGGACAGCCCGCACCACGGCUCGCUGGUGCAAGCGGGGCGGCGCUGGGCGCUGCACAUCCUGGAGGGGCCCUGGUCCUGGGCCCUGGCUGCCGCCUACAUCGCCGGUACCGUGAUAUCGGGAUACCCGGUGGUGCACGCGAUCGUCGACGCCAUCACCGCCGCAGCGGAUGCGGCCCCUGAAGUGCGCACCGCGUCGUCGCAUGCGGCGCUGGUGUUUGAUUCCAUGAUCUACAUCUGGUGUGGCAUCCUGGCGGCCUGCCUGCUGCGCCUGGUGCAGCGCCGCCCGCUGCUGGCGCGCUGGGGCAAGCGCACGCUGGUGGUGGCCGACGUGCCCUACGUCUCGCAGUGCGUGGAGGCCUUCGUCUCCAAGAGGUUCGCCCUCUCCUACGGCAUCGCUUCCAUCGAGGUCCACGCCGCCAACCCCGCCGACCAUCUGGUCCACAAGUUCACCCACCGCGUGGCGCGGGGCGUGCUCAUCGCCUUUGGCCGCCCCGACGGCCGCCUCUACUCGCAGACCACCACCGAGGCCUGGAUCCAGCUGGGCCUGCUGCAGGCCAAGGUGAUUGCCAGCCUGGGGGCGCGGCCCGAGGUGCUGACCCUGGGCCACAACGCCUUCACAAACGAGUACAUCGACAGGCACCUGGUGCUGCCCACCACCCGGCCCAAGGUACUGGCUGAGCUGCUGCAGAGCCUGGACGACGAGCAGGGCACAAACCCCAAUGCCCUGUAUGCCGCCCGCCGCCACGUGCUGGCCGGCACCGUGCUGGCAGACGGGGCGGUGAAGGCGAUCAAGGCUCACCGGCAGAGCACCUUCAAGUGUGCCGCCUCUGCUGUGGGCACGGGCGCCGCCUCGCCUGCCGACGCCUCACCCGCCGCCACGCGCCCGCCCGCGGCCCGCGGGAGCCAGGAUCAGGCUGGGAACGGCGCCCCCAUGGCCAGCGGCGGCAGAGGCCCGCCCAGCUCCGCCGACAGCGAGGAGGCCGCCGAAGGCAACCUGACCCGCGUGCUGACCUUGAAAGACCUGGCCGACACACCGCUGGGCGCCCUGGGCUCGCGCAAGGCCUUCAGCAGCGGCGGCACCGGCGAGCUGGCCCGCGGGGACAGCGUGCUGGCUCUCGGAGUGGAAGCGCACGUCAUGGGAGAGCACCGCCUGCAUGCGGGCAGCCGCAAGGACGCGGUGGAGGGUGCCUGGCAGCGCAUGUCCAAGCUGGCCAAGCACCGCGAGGCGCUGAUGGCGGACGGCGACGCGGACGCCACGCGGGCGGCCAUGGGUGCCAUGGCAUCGGGCAUGAACCAGAUGCUGGACGACCAGCGCCCUGCACCUGCCUGCGAUUCGUGCUGCCUGCGGCUGCCUGGCUGGCUGGCGCAAGGCGUGAUCGAGGCGCUGCUGGAGAGCCGCUUCCUGUCGCUGGAGCGCCUCAUCGCCUUCUUCGUCAUGUUCCACGCCAUGGCGGCCGCCUGGCCCCUCAACCUUGACAUCUCCCGCUCCCAGAGCGGGCUGCGCAUCGCCACCACCGCCGCCCCAGUUACCGCCAGCGACAUUGAGUUCACCCUGGCAGAGGCGCAGGCGGAGCGGCUGAUGCGGGGGGCAUCCAGCCGGCAUGCCGCAGUGGCGGCGCGGUGGCGUGGCGCCGCCGAGCGCGGGGUGCGCCUGCGCAAGAUCAACCGGCUAUGA